AUGACGGAAGAAGAAGAAGAAGCAGCAAUUCCAAUUUCAUUUUUUGUUAGCAGUCUGCUUUUUUUCUUCCCUUGCGCUGCCGCAAAACUGUACAAUGCCAAACUCGGAGAAUCCAGGCAAGCGAAUCCAAGCCAAUCCAAUCCACACGCAGGCCUAGCCACCGCCAAGCCGAUCGGCCAAGGGCUAAGCGUUAGACACUUCGAGAUUGCUAGCGCCAGUAUCACUGCUUCUCUUCCUCCAAGCCAUCAAGAAAAGAAUCAGCCCUAUUCUACAUCCCAUUCUACAUCCUAUUCAACAUCGAACGACGACAAAAACACAGACACAACCCAGCACAUUCGAUAUUGUACAACGACGAUCGAGAUGCAAGGACAAGGAGAAGACGAGGUCAUCAUCACGAUGAAGCAUAGCCAAGUCUGGGUACCGCUAGACUUGCAGACAAUGUACCUUUCCAAAAGCAACGUCCAGGACGCCGAUACAUGGAUGCGUUGGAAGCUUGCUAAAGAUCAGCAAGGCUAG